AUGGUGUACGCGACCAUCGACGUGCUCGUCUUGGACGCCCUAUGCCACCUGCAAACCGUGGAGAGGAACAGCACGCUAAGGCAGUACACCUCGUGGAUUUAUCACUACAAGAGGUGGGCGGCGAAGAUGUUGAAGCAAAUUCGCAACAAGCUUCCGCAGGAGUACAUGCUUAAGCACGUCGACGAGAUAGGGCACUACAUCCGGGACAACAAGAAGAAAAACUGGGACCAAGAGGCCGAUGUCCUCCGGUCGUACGUGUGGCUGCACGGCCCUAGGGUCACCAAGUCCCGGCUUCGCGCAUACGUGAAGUACAUGGUUCGGGAGUUGAAUCUCGAUGCCGAGUCCAGCAAGAACGACGACAACGCCAUAGGAACACAGCCUGUGCAAUCUACAACGGUGCACACGCUCCUCGGGCGCAUAAAGGCAUGCCAGAUGGCGGCGAGAGUGGAGGCGACGAUAUACCGGGAGACGGAGCUGAGCAUCAUGCGAGAGAUAUCGGUGGUCAGGUCGGAGGUGUGGUUCAUGAUCCGCACCAAGAAGAACUGCACCGAUCGGCGUCGCGGAACAAUCGGCGAUACCUACACCGCCGAGCAGUUCCGCCAGAUCAUGUUCAAGGUGCUGCCGACGUGGGCGGUCAAGGCGUGGAACCCGCGGGGUACGGGCCCGUCGCAGACGCUAUGGCGGUUUCUGCUGUUGAAGGUGCUCACGCUACUCUCCCACCACUCUCUUCUGCGCGGUGCAAGCAUCCGCGAGAUCACGCUCCCCGACAUAUUCUUGUACCGACUGGCGAGCACCUCGUCGGUGAACCCGGAGAACCAGCCGGUCGUCAUGGUCAUCGCUGCGCGGAACUCGAAGACGUCCAAGGAUGCGCGUCUGCAGCAGAGCUACGCUGCGCGGCACCUCGAAGCGGAGUUGUGCGCCGUUGGCGAGACGGGCCUGUGGUUGCACUUCAUCCUCGACCAGAUCGGCCAGUUUCACAGCGUCCGCCUCAUUCCGCCGGUGGACACCAGCACACGCGCGAGCUGGUACAAGAAGCACCUCUUCUUCGCCAAAAACGACACCGACCAAGGGGAGCUCUCUGCGGCAAGCCACCAACGCUGGAAACGGCAGUUGUGGGACAAAAACGGGGUCUUCUGCAAGAGGAACGUGCACGCCGCUCGAGCCGGAGGGGCCCAGGAGCUGGCCAUCGACGGCACGCCGCGCGCCGAGAUCGCGGAGCUGGGUCACUGGGCGCUCGACAAGAUGACGCGAGCGUACAUCACCGCCAUUCCGGUGGGGGUGGUGAUGAAGAAGGCCGGUUACUCUGGUUACAAGCAGGACUACUUCUUGGGCCGGAGCAGGGUGGAGCCCUCCGAUAAGCUCUUGAAGCUCCUCGCCGAGCACAUCUUCCCCGGCGUCGACGACAUGCUGAAGACGAUAUGUUAG